GCCAAUUAUCUGGUAAAUUUUGUUGAAGCAUCUUCAAAAGUUCAAUUAAUCCGUAUAGUUGGCUUGGGCAUAUUAGGUACGACGUCUCUGGGCUUCAUCGAGAAAGAACAACUUCGAAAUUCAUAUUCUGAAAGCCAAGGUACAGGAAGCUGAGGAAAAACUGGAAGAGGUUACUUCACAAGUUAAGAAGAAGUCUAGCAUAGUAUCUGAACAAUGGACUCAAAUUCGGCACCUCGAGCAGGCUCUUGAAAUGACAAAAAUACGAGCUUUGAAGGUCCACCGGCAAGUUGCUCUAACCAGAUGCACCUAUUUGAAGUUAGUCAACACGCGUUUUAUCAAUCAACUUCAAAAGGCGCUUCAGACAUCAAACCAUCAUCUGUUCACCAAAGUGUCUACCUUGAGUUCCAUGGUUACAGGAGCCAUCCAUCACUUCCAAAGAGUCUAUGAGGAAGCCAAAAAGUAUCACCAUGAGUUACAAAGACUGAUUAAACAAGAAAUGGAAAGAAAUGAAUAUGCAGCAUAUCUUGCCAACAGGGAAUUUAUUUUCUUUCUGGCGUCUGCUCUGGUUACCUUCCCAAUUUUUGGCGCUUGGAUGUUCCUCUCUUCACGAUUUUCCAGGUAAAGGGUCAUCCUUGAGAAAAGAGGGUAUACUUCUCAUUGUUUAGCUUAGCCAGGAGAUAAAUUUUCCAAUAUAAGAUUAUGAAAUAUAGUAGCGACUAUUAGCAUUUUAGUGACAUAUUGAUAUCUUGUGUGAAAGGUUGAGAUAUUUAUUACAUAACACUUUGUAAAAUUUUACAUCAAA